AAGCACUUGAGUGUUUUAUCAUUACAAAAUACAAUAAACUGUUUAUUUAAUAUAUGAGUGUUUUGUGGCAAGAGUGACACUUACAAUUACCACUUCUGUCGAGGUCAAGGUAUAUAAAUGACUUAAGUCUCGACUAACAUAAUUUUUUCGAUAGUUACCACAAUGAAACUAAGCGUAACGUUGGUGUUAUUCUUGUGUCACAAUAUUUGGUCUUACGAUUAUGAAACGAAAUAUUUCGAAGUACUUUUAGAUCACUUCAGUUUCACCAAUAAUGCCACUUUUAAAUUAAAAUAUUUAAUCAAUGAUACUUUUUGGACAAACGAUGGCCCGAUUUUUUUCUACACAGGGAAUGAAGGGACUGUUGAAAAUUUCGCCGAAAAUACCGGAUUUAUGUUCGAUAUUGCGCCCAGUUUUAAUGCUUUGGUAGUUUUCGCCGAACAUCGGUACUAUGGCGAAAGUUUGCCUUUUGGUAACGAUUCUUUCGUGUCACCGAGUCAUAUAGGGUACCUUACUUCAAGUCAAGCCCUUGCUGACUUUGUCGACUUGAUCAAUUACCUCCAAACAAUGAGCCUUGAAAAAGUACCAGUCAUUGCUUUUGGUGGCUCUUACGGUGGAAUGCUAGCCUCAUGGCUUAGAAUGAAGUAUCCGGCAUCAGUCGUUGGUGCAAUUGCAGCUUCAGCCCCAAUUUGGCAAUUUGAGACCCCGUGUGAGGAUUUUUACAAAGUUGUUACGAGAGUGUACCAAGAAGCUGUGGCUAAAGAUUGCCCUCUUUUGAUCACUAAAUCAUGGACUGCGUUAAGAAAUAUCUCGGAAAGUCCAGAAGGAAAAGCCUGGCUUUCGGACGCUUGGCAGUUGUGUUCCCCUCUUGAAACAUCAGCAGAUGUCGAAACCCUAAUCGGGUGGUAUUCCGAGAUUUUGGUCAACAUGGCCAUGGUUAACUACCCCUACUCUACGUCAUUUCUGGCACCUUUGCCCCCAUUUCCGGUUAAAACCUUCUGUUCGCAACUUACGCAAGCAAACAUCGUCGAUGAUAAGUCCCUAGUUAUGGCCCUCGGAGACGCGUUGCAAAUUUACACGAAUUUUACCGAAACCACAACUUGUAAUAAAAUCAAUCAAACGGCUGAAGCACUCGGAGAGGAGGGCUGGUACUUCCAGGCUUGUACCGAGAUGAUUAUGCCGAUGUGUUCCAUCGAUGGGGAUAUGUUCGAAAAUGAUCCAUGGGAUUAUGGAAAAUAUGCGAGUCAGUGUUUUGAAAAAUGGGGAGUGAAUCAAACACAUCCAGAAUUGCCGGUGCUUGAAUAUGGAGGGAAGGAGAUCAAAGCGGCCAGUAAUAUUGUUUUUAGUAACGGUUUACUCGAUCCUUGGUCGAGUGGCGGUGUUUUGAAGAAUGUGUCCGAAAGUGUUGUUUCCGUGAUUAUCCCAGAUGGGGCCCAUCAUAUUGAUUUGCGAGGAGGGAACAAAGAUGAUCCCGAAACGGUGAUUGAAGCGAGGCAGUUUCAUGUCGAUAAUAUUAAAAAAUGGAUCAUGGAGUUCUAUUUUCAUAGUGGGAAAGGGGCUUUUUUCGAGAAGAUUAAGUACCAACAUGUUGCCAGAAAUUAAAUUAGUUUGUAUGAGAACAAAGUAGUGCCUAAAUAAAAAAUAGAAAUGA